AACUGAAUUGAACUAAAAUUUUCUUUUCAUAACAUUUUCUUUUAUGUAACAGCAUGUCUCUGGCGUUUCCCGAUUACGAUAAACCUCAACACUGGUUCUCUCACGCAAAAAUCAGGAAAUUUGUACGAGGGAUUAUUUUUAGGGCAAAAGGGGGCACCGAGACUUUCGUGCCUAACAGCAUCUCUCAAGCGGCUGUUGGAAUUCUCGCUCAGAUGCCCUGCACCGACUCUGAUGGCUCCAAUAAAAGCGCCCGGCAGUUUCUCCAAUUUCAAUUAACCAAAGUACCCGGAUUAAAGUUGAAUUGUCAGAUUGACAGGGACUUCAUCCAAUAGCAUUGUAGGAAGGCGUAUCAUUUCACGGACACUCCAAUCGGCUCGCAUAGAGUCGCCAUCUCCAGGGUGAAAGCGGAAGUAAGGCCCUUGCGCGCCCUCAUGGAAUCGCUCUUGCAGCACCUGGAUCGCUUCUCCGAGGUUCUGGCUGUCUCCCGCACACACCAUGUCGGUAGCUGGGACCCCCCGACCGUGCGCAGAGCCUUGCAGUGGGCUCGCUACAUGCGCCACGUCCACAGGCGCUUUGGCUGCCAUGUCCCCAUUCGCACCGCACUGGAGCGGCGGCUGCAAAACCAGUGGAAGCGGGAGCAUGGCUCCGGGCCCGCUAGAGUCCCCGGGUUGACGAACUUCCGGGACUUGGGCCGCUGCGACAUCCUGCUGUCUCAACGCCUGCUGGAAAACCGGGCCCUCGGCAACGCCGCCUUUCAUUGCCUGCUGCAGCAACUCUUUCCCGGCCCUGGCGUCGGAGACGCGGAAGAGGAGACGCUCCAGGGCAGCCUGGCCCUCCUCGCCCGCCGCCGGUCAGCUGUCCACCUGCUGCGCGUCCACGGUUUUGGAGAGCACCCGGCCGUUUGGGACGACCCAGUGGUAAAGACUCAGGCGGAGCUGCUGCUGGAGCGUGUGCAGGAGGUGGGCCAGGCCCAAGCGGACGGCCCCAGCAGGUUGCUCAGCAGCCUGUGGCAGCGCUUGCCUCAGAACAACUUCCUGGAGGUGAUAGCGGCCGCGCUGCUGCUGCCGUUGCCAUCUCCCCCGACCCCCAAAGAGGAGUUGGAACUGGGCACCCCCGGAACACUGAGAGAGGGGUGUCACGAGCUGGUGCACUGGCUGCUGGGGAAGUCGGACAUCAUGGCUACUUUUUGCCGCAACCUCCCAGCCGCGCUUUUAACUUCGGUGGCAGGCCGCCAUCCAGAGCUUUUGCAGGUCUAUCUGGGUCUGCUAACAGAAUGGGGUCGGCGUUUGCGCUACGAUCUUCAGAAGGGCAUUUGGGUUGGAGCUGAGGCCCGAGAUGUGCCUUGGGAGGAGUUGUACGGCCGGUUUCAAAGCCUCUGUCAGGCCCCUUCUCAUCUAAGAGAUGAAGUUCUAACGGCCCUGGAGUCCUGUAAGGCGCAAGAUGGAGAUUUUGAAGUCCCUGGUCUUAGCAUCUGGACAGACCUGUUGUUAGCUCUUGGGAGUGGUGCGUGAGAAAAGACAAGUUUUAGGCCUCAGUUCGGGUCCCAGUUUUCAAUGGACAACGUUCUGCUAUUGCCGACUUGAAUAUGUGGUUUACAAAAUUAAAGUUCCAGUGUCCCAUCAAAUCUAUACUUUUAUGUGUCCAAAAUAUUUUAGGUGUCAAUUUAUAAUGGGAGUAAUUAAAAUUUACAAUUAUAAAUACGUAAAGUAACUGGCUUGCGGUGCCAUGCAUUUUCUGGAUCGAGGAGAUGACAUUGAAGGUAGCCUACUUAAAGCCAAAUAAUAAUAGUUUGCUUUGUAGAAGGAACAUUUUAAAGAAUGUGAGGAGAUGUACUUUUCAAACAAAAAACAGCUUUAAAUUGACAGACAAGACACCUUUUUGUCGAUCAGUAUGGUUUAUUUUGGUAUAUAUUUUUUUACUCUCCAGUACGGGAAGAGUUUUCUAUAGCCAAAAGUUGUGUUUUCAGAAAUGGUUUGAAAAGCUAACGCACAUCAGUCUAAUUUCGGUCCUCAAACCCCUCUGAAAUAAGUCUUGUCAAGGUCACCAAUCAUCUCCAUGAUGCCAAAUUCAAAGGACAUUUUUCUGGUAUCAAACUACUUGACCUUUCUGCUACCUUAGACAUUUUGACCACUCCCUGCUUUUUGAAAGUAGGCUUGAAAUUCUAUUCUAACUUACGUGACACCACUUUAUCCUGGUUUCCCCGUAUAUUUCUAGCUACUUUUUUCUCAGUCUGUUUUCUGGCUAACUUCUCCCCUAAUCAACCUUUCCUGGGAUUUCUCAGGCUUUAAUAGUCUGGUUCCUCUUUGGUAUAUGUCCUCAUCCCAUGUGAUCUCAUUCCAAUGUCUCACAAGCCACUCAAACCACACAUAUCUAGACAAAUCAAUAUCCCCACAUAAGCCUGCUUAUUCUCAUGAAUUUCUUAGUAAAUAGCCAGAAACAUGGGAAUUGUCUUUGAAUUCUUCCUCUUCGCUAAUCCUUACAUCUAUUCCAUCAACAUAUUUCCGCCUUCUCCCUUUUCACUCAUCCCCUGGUAUAGGUUAUGGUGACCACAAAUUCUUGUUUGCUCAGGACAGGUUUGAGUUAUGCCUGAUGUCCUGGCAUAAUUAAUACAAGUGUCCCCUUUUAUUCUCUAAAGUGGCCUGGGUUGCCUGAUAAUUUAUAUGGUCACUCAUCCAUAUCUCUGCCAGAUCACUGCAAUUAGCUGGUUUCUCUAUUUUUUUAUUGUACAUCUACAAUCUGUACUCCACCUAACUGCUCAAGUAGUGGACUCUGUCACAUUUCACUUGAGAAAACUGAAGUAAUUGGAAGAGCACACAUUUACCAUUACAUCUAUCUACAUCAGCACUUACACCCACAUAAUUCACCUUCUGUUUGUUUUCAGUGAUAAAUUAUUCCAUAACUAAGCCAAUUUCAAUAAACUUUAAAAUAUAGGAUUUCUUCCAGUUCUUGGAAUAGGCUGAGCUUUUUCUUAGAAACUUUACUUUCAUUAUUCCUUUAGCCAAGAAUGUUAUAACCCAGGUCCUUCACUUCUCACUUUAAUUUCAUUUAUUCACCAUAAUGCCUAGCUAAAUACACCUCACCCUGUUAUUUUUUUUCAGACCAUCCAUUUUCCUAUUAAUUGUAGUUGUUUUCAUAUGUGUCUGUCUUUUCCACUAGAGCAGCAAUGUUCAAUUUUUAUCUUACGGCACACAUAAACUAAUUACUAAAAUUCUGCGUUACACCGAAAAAUGUAUAUUUUGCCUGUCUGACAAAAAAAAAUAGAUACAAUUUUGAUUCAUUCACAGUGGGUGGUUAUUGUGGUGGCUGUUGUCAGUUUUUUAUUUGAUAAUCUAAGGGAAAGAGGUCAGUGCCUCUGGCAAAAUAGUAAGGUAUUGCAUGUUUUAAAAAUUCUUGUGGCACGCCAGUUGAAAAUCCCUGCACUAGAGUAUAAGCUCAGUGAGGUCAAGGCUGCCUCUGUUGCUGGAACAUUCAAGGCCCUCACUCUAUACAGAUACACAUUAAGUAGCUGAUAGUUAUUUAUGA